UGGAAACUCACCCAACACCCACAAAGCCAGGAAAGAAAGCAGCUCAUGUGUUCAGCACCACAACCACUAUCUCUCUCCCCAUUUAUAUUGGAGCUCUGAACCUCCACUUCUCAACUUUCCCUGUUCCAUAAAAUGUCGCAGUGGGCUUGUGUCUCUGCCACCAACUUGAGCUACCAAGCCAACCUCAUCAACACCCAAAACCCACAAACCACUCCCAGAUAUGAUGCGCUCUCCUUUCACGGCAGUGAAAUUGUUGCUCGGAAUUUUGGGUUUCUGAGCUCACAAGCUACUACUAGUAUUGGUAAAAGGCUGAGGAAGGGUGCUCUCCCUUUGAAGGUGGUUUGUGUGGAUUAUCCGAGACCCGAGCUUGACAAUACUGUAAAUUUCUUAGAAGCUGCGCUCUUGUCUUCCUCCUUUCGAUCCUCUUCUCGCCCAGCUAAGCCCCUGAAGGUUGUGAUUGCUGGUGCAGGUUUGGCUGGGUUGUCAACUGCAAAGUAUUUGGCAGAUGCAGGUCAUAAACCCAUACUACUCGAAGCAAGAGACGUUUUGGGUGGAAAGAUUGCAGCAUGGAAAGAUAAAGAUGGAGACUGGUAUGAGACAGGCCUACAUAUAUUUUUUGGGGCUUAUCCAAAUAUUCAGAACUUGUUUGGAGAGCUUGGUAUCGAUGAUCGAUUGCAGUGGAAGGAACACUCUAUGAUAUUUGCAAUGCCAAACAAGCCAGGAGAGUUCAGCCGGUUUGAUUUCCCUGAAGUUCUGCCAGCACCCUUAAAUGGAAUAUGGGCCAUAUUAAAGAACAAUGAGAUGCUGACAUGGCCAGAAAAAGUGAAGUUUGCUAUCGGACUUGUGCCAGCAAUUCUUGGUGGACAGGCUUAUGUUGAAGCUCAGGAUGGCUUGACUGUAAAGGAGUGGAUGACAAAACAGGGGAUACCUGAUCGAGUAACUACUGAGGUGUUUAUUGCCAUGUCAAAGGCCCUUAACUUUAUUAAUCCUGAUGAGCUCUCAAUGCAAUGCAUAUUGAUUGCUUUGAAUCGAUUUCUUCAGGAGAAACACGGUUCCAAGAUGGCUUUCCUUGAUGGAAGUCCUCCCGAGAGACUCUGUCAACCAAUCGUUGAUCAUAUCCAGUCAUUGGGGGGUGAAGUCCGGCUUAAUUCCCGAUUACAGAAGAUUGACCUAAAUAAUGAUGGAACAGUGAAGAGUUUUGUACUACAAAAUAACAGUGUGAUUGAAGCGGAUGCUUAUGUAUCUGCCGCUCCAGUCGAUAUCUUCAAGCUUCUAGUGCCUGAAAACUGGAAAGAGAUUCCAUAUUUCAAGAAAUUGGACAAACUAGUUGGGGUUCCAGUCAUCAAUGUACACAUAUGGUUUGACAGAAAACUAAAGAACACAUAUGAUCACCUACUUUUUAGCAGAAGUCCUCUUCUAAGUGUGUAUGCUGAUAUGUCGGUAACAUGUAAGGAGUAUUACAAUCCAAAUCAGUCUAUGCUGGAGUUGGUUUUUGCACCAGCAGAAGAAUGGAUUUCACGCAGUGAUGCAGAAAUUAUUGAUGCUACACUCAAAGAACUUGCAAAGCUCUUUCCCGAUGAGAUAGCUGCAGAUCAAAGCAAAGCGAAGAUUUUGAAGUACCAUGUUGUUAAAACACCAAGGUCUGUGUACAAAACUAUACCAGAUUGUGAACCUUGUCGUCCGUUGCAAAGAUCUCCCUUGGAGGGUUUCUAUUUAACUGGUGACUAUACAAAACAAAAAUACUUAGCCUCUAUGGAAGGUGCUGUUCUAUCAGGGAAACUUUGUGCACAGGCGAUUGUACAGGACUAUGAAUUGCUCGUUGCUCGGGGCCAGAAAAGGUUGGCAGAGGCAGGUGCUCGAUGACCCAUAAAACUUUAUAGAGGCGACUUUGCAACUGUUGUGGACAGUGAUUGAAAGAUUGAUUAGGUUAGUUGUUGUAAAUGAUUGGAUUUUCAACAAUUAGCCACCGAUCAUCCCCUCAGAAAUGUAUGCAAAGAAGAGUUGUCCAGCACUUUGAUAGUGCUGUAUUAACAUUGGUGUCAAUUAUAGUAAUGCCAUAUAUGAUCUUAUUGUGUGCGUGUA